AUAAUACAAAAGCAUUUUGUGAGUGGAGAUUCAAUCCAACAGCCUGUACUCGCCUUCUCGUCGAAGAAGAAGAACAAUCUUCUCUCUCUAUCUCUCCCGCCGGAAUGACGGUCUCCGAUAGGUCCUUCUGCAACUUCUCAAUGCUUCUCCUCUUCUUCAUCUCACUGCUUUUCACUGCUUCUUCCUCCACUUCCAUUUCAGCGGAUGUCUUUGAAUCGAAGGCUUCAAUCGGUCGGGGCCUCCUACAAGCGAAAAAACCUUGUCCAGUGAACUUUGAAUUCUUGAACUACACCAUCAUCACAGGCAAGUGCAAGGGGCCUCAAUACCCUCCCAAACUCUGUUGUUCAGCUUUGACUGAAUUCGCUUGCCCUUAUUCGGAUGAUCUCAACGAUCCAACAAACGAUUGCGCUUCAACCAUGUUCAGUUACGUUAAUCUGUAUGGAAAAUACCCUCCUGGUCUCUUCUCUAGCGAAUGCAAGGGUGAUAAGAAUGGUCUGGCAUGCCCUGUGCUCCCCCCCUCCGCUUCAGCCGAUCAAAGUUGGGGUUCCAUAGCAAAUUUGCCAUCUCGCCUGCUGAUCUUCUCGCCUGGAUUUGUACUACUGCUGUGGCUAUUAUAACAAGGUUCAUUUUUCACCAUUCUUUCUUCUCAUUUGGAGACUUGGUGUAUCAUCAUCAUAAGCAAGUGCUAUGGGAAGUGGCGACCACUAAACUAAUGGAAGACUUACUUUUUCUUUGUGGAGAGGUCAGUCUCUUGCAUAGACAAUGUCUUACUUGACAAACUUUUGACAUGUAGGUUCAAGAGACGUAGUGUAAUUACGUGUACUCCAUUCGAGAUUUAAGCUAU